AUGAGUUCCGCAGAAGGCAACGAUAAAAUGAUUAAAGCAGCUGAAAUUGCUGAAGCAAAAAUUACCAAUACAGAAACACCAGCUUUUGAUCCUCACAAAAAGGCUGAUGCAGAAAAUCAAGGUCAUCUUUCAGGUGAUCAAACAACAUGUAAAGAAACUCCAGUAGCUCCAGUUGGUGCAACACCUGACACAGCUAUAUAA